AGAGAGAGACAGACAGACACACACACCGGUCCCUACAUCCAGAAUACUCCGCGGUGCGGAGAAUCGGUGCGCAAGGCGCCUUGGAGAGGAAAAUCCCAACCAUGCACAGGCUGCUGUCCAGAGGUGCUGUGAGAUUCCUGCCUUGGAUAGGGAACGUGGGGAGCGUUUUCGAGUCCAGCUGGCUCACAGAUAUGAUAGCUGUCCUUGGAGAGACAACGGGUUCGAUAGCUUUACAAAAUCUCUGGGAACAGAUGAAGAGCGACCCAGAAGGAAGGCAGGUCUUGCAAGAACGGCCUCGGAUCCGCCUUUCCACCCUGGAUGUGGUUGGACUUCGGGGGCUUCCCGACGGGACCUUCGGCCGAGAAUACAUUCGUUUUUUGGAUAGUAAUAGGGUUUCUCCAGACACAAGGAUGCCAGCCCGGUUCAUAGACAACGAAGACCUGGCCUACGUCAUCCAGCGUUACCGGGAAGUCCACGACCUGCUACACACCCUCCUUGGCAUGCCCACCAACAUGCUUGGGGAAGUGGUGGUGAAGUGGUUUGAAGCUGUCCAGACUGGCCUGCCCAUGUGCAUUCUGGGAGCCCUCUUCGGUCCUUUACGCUUAAAUACCAGAAAGCGGCACCUUUUGUCUGCGGAGCUCAUCCCAUGGGCCAUUGAGAGCGGACAAAACGCGACCUGCAUCUUGAAUUUCUAUUACGAGAAGCGUUGGGAACAAACGGUAGAGUCUCUUCGCCGUGAAAUCGGCAUUCUGCCCCCUCCUGGGAUCCAGGUGUGAGCUUACCCGUGGCUGGAACAGGGGAACACCUGACAGAAGCCACCGCUUUCAGGAAAGCCCAGAAUUAAAAAUUCUGGGAAUUAACCCUCCCUUGACAAAGCCUAGGGGGUUUUGGGGCCCUGUCGUCUUCAUCAGUGGUCCCUGGACUGUUCAAAAAAAGUUUAAAAGGAGAAAAGAAAAAAAAAGAAAAAAGCAUCAGUACCAAACCCAGAAAUAUCACAACCUUGACGAUAACAAACGGAGAAGAUAUUGAUGGCACCAAUGCGGGGAAGAUUGAACGAUGAAAAAACAGCUGUCGAAAGUAGAUCUCAGCUCCUUUAAAUACAUAAGAGUUUUGGGUUGUUUUUUUUAUGGCUGAGUUUUCACAAGUCAAACAGGGAUAAUGUGACGUCUUUUAGCACGUUCAUUCUCACAAUUGUGGGUUUGGAUUGGCGAUUCCUUCAACGUCUAGGAUGCUUACUUCCAACCCAUCGAUCCUGAAUCUUUUUGCAACGAUUUUCAUCCCUUCUUGUUGCUCAAACUCCUGUGAAGAUGAUUUUUUUGAUGCCCAGCCUAGAAAAAAGGACAGAAGUCACCUUAUUUCUGCCUUGAGUUGUUUACAAGAAAUCCCCUCCGUAAAGCAGAUUGAAGCGAUAAAUUGGAUUACACAAGCCCUUGUAUUAUAGGGCAGGUACGAAUAUGCAGAGCUAAUCACUUGCUUCUGAACAGGGGUGUAUUUUCUCUUUCAUAUUCUCGAUAGGGUGGUGAUACUUAAUAGAUUUUACCUUAUGUUGCAGGGUUUCUGGUUCCUUAAACUAUCUUGUGUCCCAAACCUUCUUAAAUAUCUUUAUAUAUGGUUUCUCAUUCCAGUUUUUAAAUAAAUGCCAAAUGAUUCCUGUGGGCACCUCUUGGUUCCACUUCCAUUGGAAAAGAGCAGAGUCACAGGUUUUUGUGUUUUUAAACUAUGGUUUAUACACGCCCGGUUCACACAACGUACUUUUAAGCCAACAACGUGGCUUGUUUCUUGUGAAUCAAGCCAUUGGUGCUUGUUCAACAAACCACGGUUUUAUAAACAACG